AUGGGGCGGCGCGAGGCGGGGGAGCGCGAGGUGCCGCGACAAAGUGCGCUGAGAAGAGCCCGCCAGUUCAGCCGCUGGAAGAGCGAUCGCUGGGCAGCAGAGAAAAGAGGGUGAACGCAGAGAAUCUCACUGAAUAUCUGGAAAAGACUCAUUCUUCCCGCGCUCUGUCGGACCGUUUGUGGUGCAGUGACAGAGAAAAGGGUAACGGGCAGAGCCCUGCUUGUUUCCCUCAGCAGGUCUCCGUGAACCAUGUUUGAAAAGCAGAGAUAUGACAGUCCCCCCAUGUACAGCCCACCGUACAGUCCUCCGUCCAAUGGUUUUGGGCCUCCUGGGAGUUUUCAUGACCCACGAAGCGAGUUUGACCCUUACCCCCCUGCACCUGGCUCCUUUUACAUUGAGGAGAAGCCUCAACACUUCUAUAAGUGGUCUUCUCCACCUGGCAUUGUGAGAAUUAUGGAAGGCAUCAUUGUGGUUUUAUGCAUUGGGAUCUUUGCCUGUGUGGCUUCCACGUUGGUAUGGGAUAUGCAAUAUGGUUACGGCUAUGGAAUGGGCUUGGGAGGAUAUGGCCUUGGCACCGGUACUGGAAUGCUCGGCAGUUACGGCUCUGGCUAUUAUGGAGGGAGCUAUUACAACUCCUAUCCCACACCUUACUCUGCAAAAACAAGUAUGAUUGCCAUGGCAGCCAUCAACUUCCUUGCCUCCUUGGGCUUCUUUGUGGCCAGCUUCUCCAAGACAGGGAGCAUGCGAAGCCGCAAGUUCUACCUGGCUGUGCUUAUAGUCAGUGCAAUUAUGGCCUUCCUGCAGGGUAUUAUUAACAUUGUGUACAUUAUUGGUGUAAACCCAAUGGCCCAGAGCUCUCAGAGUAUGUUUUACAAUCCCAUGUUGAUGAUGUGCCAUAAUAUGUAUGGCAGUGGAUAUGGAGGAGGAAUGGGAGCAGGAGCUUUCCCCAUGUAUAACCAGUACCUUUACCACUACUGCUAUGUGGACCCGCAGGAGGCUGUAGCUAUGGUGUGUGGCUUCCUGGUUGUCACUGCACUGGUGAUUGCAGCUUAUUUUGCCCACAAAACACGCAGCAAGAUCUGGCGGUAUGGAAAACCCAACAUCUACUGGGACGAACCACUUACUGCAGCUCCUGAAGGCCGAGAUGUGGAGGAUUGGGUGAACAAUGUAGAGAAUCCUCAGAGUGUUCAGGAGGCCCCGACAGUGGUGCUGUCUGAGAAAGCCACGCCUCCUCUGAAUGCAGUCAACAGCAUCACCUCAUACCCAGUAAAGUCAGACAGCAUCAGUGCUGGAACCUACAAUGACAACAUCUACACAGAGCACCCCGUCAGUCGUCCAACUGAGCAGCCGACCCGCACUGGGGGAGCCAGUUCCAGCCCCUCAGAGGAGGCAGGGGGGUUCCGGCAGCCUGCUGCCCGCAGGGGGAAGAGGUAUAGGCGAAACCCUGAACUGGAUGAGUCACAGUAUGAGACAGAGUAUACAACCGGUGGAGAGACAAGCACAGAACUGGACCGGGACCACUGGCUAAGUAUCUACUCAGAAAUCACUUCAGAUGCACAGCGUCAAGAGUACAAGAGGGAAUUUGAUUCUGACCUGAAGAGUUAUAAGCAACUAUGUGCAGAAAUGGACAAUAUUCAUGACCAGAUGAAUGAAUUAAGCCGGGAACUGGAUACCUUAGAGGAAGGGACAUCCAAAUACCAGGCCGUAGCAGAGGAGUAUAACCGACUGAAGGACCUGAAACGGAGUCCCGAGUAUCGGAUCAAGAAGCUCCAGUGUCGAGAGCUGCGGCAUAAGCUUUUUCACAUAAAGCGAAUGGUGAAGAUGUAUGACAAGGGUUGCUCUUAAAGUAUCUUGUACCUCAGCCAUGGACAAUGCCUCGGAAACGUGACACUGGAUGGCCCAUGUGAACUCCCAGGGGAUUUUUGGACCAGAAAUGACCCAGAGGCUCUCCCCAUACACAUACACACUCCACUUACAUAUGAUUAAUUGAUGAGUAAUGAGGUCUAGGGAGGCAAGGACACCUGUGAUCAUUCUUCUUCCUCCCAUUGAUCCAUCUUCCUCUUGUGUUCCUUUGGUCUUUCUUUUCCAAAUAACAAUCUUUUUUCAGUACGUAACACUAUUAUAAAUGGGAGUGGAUGGGUGUAGCUGGAGAAGGGUGAUGGAAAGUAAUUUUCAGUCGAUAAGCAUAUCUGGGGAUUUGUUCAGCACUGUUUGCUUCUGGUACAGCAAAUGAACAUUGACUCAGUGGCUUGAGAUUAAAGCAGCGACAAUGAGAGAAGAACAUAAUGUGACUUGUGUUCCUGUGAAAUGUCCUGAAUUUGCAUCUUUUUGUUACCGUAAAGCAACAAAGUAUAUUCCUUCAAAUAUCCAAAGUCAGCACAUAUAUCUGAAGAAAAUAUGUAUGUGUGUCAUAAGAACAACACUCUGUACAGAUGAAUUAACAGAUAUGUUUUAUGAGCUUUUAUGUUUCUGUUUCAACAUGAGGGAUCAAAUGGAAUCUAAGCAGAAAUGCUACAGAAAUGAUUCCAAGUAUUUUUUGAAUUCUAUAUUAUUAAUCCGUUUGUAUCACUUAGUAAACAUUUGUUCUAAGACUAAUAUUAAGAAAUGCUUGUAAUGAACUGAUUUUGUGCAGAACUUCAGUUAAAACAGUAAUACAUGUAUAAAGUUGUUGAAGCUGUUUCAGUUAAACAAAAAAAAAAAAAAGUCACCAAAACUAUGAAGAGGUGAGAUACUUCUCAGUCCAGCUAGACCAGCGAGAAAUAAAUUGAGAGCAUUAAACCUCACAAAAAUGCUAACCAAGCAUUCUUCACAAAAAAUGAAAAGGUAACUUUGUUGUCGACUAUUUUAUUGCACAUUCUGUGACCUUUGUACAUGAAAAGUGUAAUACAAAUAGAUUUUUACCUUUACGAUUUCUUCCGGGGCACCAAUUUUUGAUUGCUCGUGAAGAAUGCCUCAUUAGCCUUCACUUUUAUUUCUUUUUCUUACAAAUACUUCACUAUUUAAAAAGUAUUUUUUCACACUUAAGUGACACUUGUAAUCAAACAUAAUGCCAUAUUUCUUUAUCAGCAACAGGACUGUUAAAAUAUCUUACA